AUGAGGAGGUCAAGCAGUCUAAGCUCAGUGCAGCAGGAGUGCGGGGCUCUAAGGGAGCAGCUGGAGGAGGAGCAGGAGAGCAAGCACGAGCUGCAGCGGCUCGUCUCCAAACUCAACAGCGAGGUGACACACUGGAGGACAAACACGACGCGGACACCAUCCAGCACGCCGACGAGUGGAGGACACCAGGAAGAAGCUGCCACCAGGCUUCAGGAGGCCGGAGGCUGGUGGAAGCCACCCAGGCCCAUGUUCCACGCUGGAGAAAAGCAAACAAAGGCUGCAGAGCAGCGCGUCCUGGAGAAGUACCUCGUAGACUGGAAGCACAAAUGUGAAGAGUUGGUGGCGGAGGUGGAAAGCUGCCAGAAGGAGGGCAGACAACACGCCGUGAGCUCUCCAAAGUCAGGACGGCCCAUGAAGAGUCUCUGGAGCAGCUGGAGGCCUGCGCAGGGACCACAAGGCUUAUCAGGGUUAGGGAAAAGCAAAGAAGAAGAUGAGAUGGAGAAAGAAGAGCUACAGGGCUCACUGGAAGAGUCGGAGAGCUUUGGAGGCCGAGGAGACCAGGUUCUGAGGCUGCAGCUGGAGGUGUCUCAGGUUAAAGGGGAGAUGGAGCGCAGACUUAAGGAAGGAGGAGAAAAAUGGAAGCUACUAGAAAAAGCCACCAGAGGGCACUUGAGACCUUGCAGGCCAGUCUGGACGUGGAGGUCAAAGGCAAAUAGAGGGGCUGAAGCUGAAGAAGAAACUGGAGGCGGCCACCAGCGAGCUGGAGCUGCAGGUGGAGCUGCUCACCAAGAACACGCUGAGCUAAGCAAGAGCAGCAAGAAGAUGCAGCAGCAGAUUAAGGAGCUGCAGGCCCAGCUGGAGGAGGAGGUCCGGAGCCACGAGGAAUGCAAAGAGGACCAAAGGGCCUGGAACGCCUGCAUGCUGUUGGUCAGCCAGAGCGAGGAGACCCUUGCAUCCCUGGAGAGCGCCGAGCGGGCCCGACGGGUCAGUGAGACGAAGCUGCAGGAGGCUAACGAGAAGCACAGCCACCUCAACAACCAGUUCCAGUUGGCUGUGAGUGGGAAGGAAGCUGGAGGGGAUCUCCAGACUCUGCAGCAGGAGCACGAGGAGAUGCAUGCAGACCUGAGAGCAUCCACAGACAAGUCCAAGAAGGCCAGCUGUGAGUUGGAGCGAGUGGGGGAGGAGCUGCGUCUGGAGCAGGAGCGCACGGUCCAGCUGGAGAGAGUGAAGAAAGGCCUGGAGGCUCAGGUCAGAGACAUGAGCAGCAGGCUGGACCAGGCCGAGCAGAUGGCUCUGAAAGGAGGCAAGAAGAUCAUCCAGAAGUUAGAGGGAAAGGUGAAGGAGCUGGAGCUGGAGUUGGACUCAGAGAAGCGGCACACUGAGACAGUGAAGACUCUGAGGAAGAACGAGCGUCGGCUGAAGGAGCUGCUGUUUGAGUCCGAGGAGGAGCAGAAGAACCAGCAGAGGAUGCAGGAGCUGGUGGAGAGGCUGCACAAGAUGAGGGCCUACAAGAGACAAGUGGAGGAGGCAGAGGAACAAGCUACCAUGAACCUGACAAAGUACAGGAAGAUGGUCCAUGAACUGGAUGAGGCUGAGGAGCGAGUGGACAUUGCUGAGUCAGCACUCACAAGAUCAGGACCAAGAGGAGGGGCAGCUUGGACAGGCUACUCCUCUGUAAGUACUUCCUGUUUCCUGCUGCAGCAGCCAGGGUUACAGUACCCCAUACCCUGGCCUGGUCCGCUCCCCCAGCUCCGUGGGGUCAGAGGGCAGAGGGAGAAGAUCCUCAACGAUGAGGAGUCCAUCAGCUCCCUCAUCCCAGCGUAUCUCAACUCGCUCCAGAAGCUGAUGGUGGAUUUAGAACCCAGCGGGGGGUCAUCACGGGCAAAAUGUCAGAACUCCAAAGGUCCGACUGGACAAGUGCUACAGCACUGUGUCUCCACACAUACAGGUUGCUAA